GUACAGCAACAUCUCCACGAGUUGACUCAUCUUCGCUUCCAAAACUCAGAGUUGGAAAUUCGCUUGAAAGCAACCCAACGUGAACUGGAGGCGAAAUCCACGAGAUUGAGCAUUCUAGAAACCGCACAGGUGAGUGUAUCUCGAGCUCAGAAGCCCAUUGGAGGGGGUCUUGGAUUAAUUUUCCGUGAAUUUGUUGGUACAAACGCUGCUCUGGGUAUUUGUAUCGCACUGCAUUCAUUGAAGAUCAGUCGCCGCAUUGAAAGUGGCGCGCGUUCUCCGACCGGUCUGUCCAGUGAAGUCGCACAACUGCGUAAGGCAAACCAAGAACUGAGUGUGAAGUUCGCUCAGCUCCAAAUGGACUUGGACGAUCGUGAACGACAAAUGAGAGCCAUGGAUCGGUUGCAAUCCACGUCCCGGUCAGCGACGGACUUUUCCGAACUUGCCGUACUUCGUCGAGAACUGGUCACGGUCAAAGCUGAGAAAGAAACGGAGAUUAUGAAUUUGAAUGCUCAACUGGAAAAGAUCAAACUGGAACGGAACGAAACAAAUGACAAAUUGAAGGAGGUCACAAACACCCUGGCUGAGAAGUCAAAUUUGCUGCGGCUGACGGAAGCCGAGAAGGACAAGGAACUAAUGGAUCGUGAAUCGUUGCAAAAGAAAUACGAAGUUGUUUUAACCCAACUGAGUGACAAGACGGAAAAAGUGCAAAGUUUGGAACUUGAAAGUUCCAAACAAACGGAGGAGAUGAGACGACAAAAAGCCGAACUGGAUGAUAUGCGGCAUCAUGCAACCUAUUUGCAAAACACCAUUCAAGAAAGGGAGAAUCGCAUCGAGGCGGUGGAGAAAGAGUCGUUCAAAAUACGCGACGAAUUGGUCAAUGUAAAGAAACAUCUUUCCAGCCUCGAAGCCGAAGCCAAGGGUCUACGAGAAGAACUGGCCUACCGGGAAGAACGACUGAGGCAAUUGCAAACACAACAUUCCGAUGAGUUGAGUCGUUUGCGGACGGCCAAUCAGGAACAGGCAACGCGAAACAGUCAUUUGGAAAUGAAACUCGACGAGAAAGAACAUGAGUUGAAGACACAAUCCAGUGAACUGCGUUGUCAAGCCGAUGAGAUUGCCCGACUGCAGGCGUCUAUUGAGGAAUACACAAACCGGUUGACAAUCAGUCAGAAACGAGUGGAGGAACGUGAGCUCAGACUGAAGAAGCUAGAAAGUGAAAAUCAUGAUCUGCUGGACGAAAUUCACGGCCUACGCAAGGGGAACACAGAUUUGGAAAGUCAAGUUGACAGUCUGCGACAACGCCUGCUCGAUAGACAAGAUCGCCCUGGUUCAGUGGGACCUGCAGCUGCAAUGUCACCACCUAUCCGAACUCAUCAUUCUGUCUACGGAGCAUCAACAACAGCAGUCAACCAGGAAUUGGAUCGGGUUCGUAAGCAAUAUCAGGAGGCAAAGACGUUGCAAGAACAAACACAGAAAUCUCUGGAAGAAACACAAAUUCAGUAUGAUCAGAUGACUGUACAACGCAACACUUUGCGUACUCAAUUAGAACAAGAAAUUGCCAAACGAGCACAAUUGGAAGAGAAAUUACGAGCAAAUGACGAUCAGUGGAAACUUCGCGUUUCCCAGGCGAUCAUGUGUUUGAACAAAGAGAUCGAGCGCAUGCACACCUCGUCUGCUCUGCGUGACCGAUUGCCAGAUUCGACCAGCCAGCAGCUCUUGUUGGCUGACUUGCAAGUUCGUUUACGACAAGUGACCGAGGAACGGGAUCAGGCGAAAGACCAGUUGGCCGCAGCCGUAUCUCACACCGAGUCAACUUAUCUGGAGACGCAACAGCAGUUACUGUUGGAAAAGCAAACAUUGCAGCAACAAGUCACCAACCUGACACAGACCGCACACAACGCCACGUCCGAGGCUGAUCGGUAUCAGCGGGAGGCGCGUCAGGCCAGUUCGCGGAUACAGCAACUCAGCCGCCAGUUACAAGAAACGCAAAGCAACUGUGAUGCUAUCGCUCGCCAACGGGACAGUUUACGUGAUCAGUUAGAUCAGCUCAGACGCACUUCCGGUCGUCCAGGCAGUUCGGCUCUCAGUUCGGUGGCUAACCUGUUCGGAACCGGAGGCGGUUCCUCUUACGGCGGUCGACCAGCCUCAGCAGGCCCGGGUAGUUAUGAAAACUUGGGCGGGUACGGGACCACAGGAUCAACCAGCCAACUAUCUCGUGAAUUAGACCGAUUGCAUCGGGAGCAUGAAGCGACACAACAACAGCUACGCUCGGCCCAAGAAGCAGAAGAAUCAUCACGAAAUGAAAUCGAUCGUUUGAAUAAAGAAUUACAACAAAUGAAACAAGAGGUAGAACAACAAAAGACAAAACUGAACGAAUUGGAACAGCAAAAACAUAGUCUGGAAUCGGAAAUGGCCAAGAGACAAACUGAAGACAUAGAAAAGUCUCAACAGCAACAGAAGGAAUUACGUGAAAAAUUGCAAUGGACAGAACAGCAACUCAAUGAAAAAUCGAAUCACGUGGAAAAUCUCUCUCAUCAACUGAAUAAUACAAGACAAUACUGCAGCGAACUGGAACACAAUGUGAAUGAAAUAACACAGCGCCUAAACUCGGCCGAGUCGAGAAGCCAGAGUCAGAUGAAUGACCUUCAGCAACUGCAACAGUUACAAAUGGAAUGUAACAUGCUGCGAAACCAGAUUCAAAUGAAGGAUUCCGAGAUCCAACGUUACACUAUCCAACUGGAUCAGUUGAAUAGAGAAUAUCAGAAUCAGCAACGCCAAAUGGAACAGAUGACUAUAGAACUGAGCACAACACAAGCCAACCUGACACAAAUAAAACAGGAGGCUCAACAACUACAGCAACAACAACAAACAGCAUCAGCUGGAGAAAUGGGUAUGCGAAGACUGAGUACGGAUAGUAUGGGAAGGGAGACAGAUCGGGAAACGAUUCACCUACUGCAAGCGGAAAUCAAAGAGGCAGCCACCACCAGACAACAUUUGGAACAACAGCUGGAUCAACUACAAAAUGAAUUGCGGUUGACCAGAGCUCAAUUAGAAGAAAAAGCACAUCUUUUGGAAUCGUUGGAGGAUAAUCAGUUAAAACAACAAAGUGAAACAGUGGCAUCUUUACAGCGUGAUCUACAAGCUGCCCGAGCUCAGAUCGAAGAACUGGGCGGAUCUGUGGAACCUGGAACUAAUGGAAAGGCAUCUCCAUUGAAGAUUGAGAUCGACAGUCUGAAACGCGAACUCAUCAAGCGAGAGGACACAAUCACACGUUUGGAACGGGAGUGUCAAGAGAAGCAUGUUCGUCGCAUCGAAGCUAUGCAAGCACAGUUGCGACGAUUCGAGGAUGAAGCAGCGAAUCUGAACAAGGUGUUAGAUGAACAACGUGCCGGGUUGGAAGAACGAGAUCGUCUGAUACGUCAGUUACGAUCGAAUCAGGGUCAGGCGUCUUCGGUCGAGUUGGAGAAAUUGCGAACUGAGCACGCCCACUGCAAAGAACAGUUUGAACAACAGGCCAAACGGAUCAACACCUUGGCCGAGCAAAUCGAAAGUCAGUCAGAUGAGAUUCUUGCGAUUAAAUUGGAAGCCCUGACCGCUUCACUGUGUGAGAAGGAAGCGAACAUUGCUUUGAUGGAGUUGACAGCUCCAAAGAAUGCGGCCUCAAAUCAGGCACUGGAGAAACUCCGCACAGAACGAGAUCAAUUACAGACCCAGCAACGACAACUGAGUAACACACGUGCCAUGUUAGCGGAAGAACGUAAAUCACGAAAGUAA